AUGGGAGCGAUACUAAGCAAGUUGAGGAAAUGGGUGAGUGGUGGCAGUGCUUUUAAGACCAUAGAGAGGCCUUUGUUGACACCUAAAGGUUAUGUUCCAAUUUGUGUUGGCACAAAUGAAGAUACUUGCAAGCGAUUUAUGGUUCACAUCAGAACACUUAGUGAUGAUUAUUUCUGCGAGUUGUUGGGUAGGUCAGCUGAUGAAUAUGGGUUUAGGAAUGAAGGGGUUCUGAGGAUCCCAUUUGAAGCACAAGAUUUUGAAGAGUGGUUGAUCAAAAGGUCCAAUGAAAAGAUCAAGAUUAAGAGGAGGGUAAUAAAACCAAUUUGA